AUGUCGGCUCCAAAUGCAAACCACGACGUCUUCUACAGCGUAGACGAUCUGCUCGUUGAGCGUGCAAAUGAAGACAUCAGCGAGCCCAUUAUCGUUUACCCAAACUCCGAAUCCGCACUACCGGAUUUUCUGUUUCUUACUGCAAAGAAUGUCCACAACUUCACGAACACUGCGGCCCAGAAACUGUUGGAUCAAGGCCUGAGAAAAGUUCCUAACCAUGAGGCCGAGACGAUCGCCCUUUUGGGCCUAUCCGAUGUGGAAUAUAUGAUCACAAUGUUUGCCUUGAGCCGUCUAGGGUAUACGGUAUUUCUGCUCUCCCCGAGACUCGCAACCGAGGCCUAUGCUACUCUGCUCAAAGAAACCGGGUGCCAAACGAUAUGCUACGACCUAACAUUGGAAGCUACUGUGAGAAACAUUCGUGGCGUCGAGAGUCUGCGGUCCCUGCGGAUCCUGAAAAGGCGUGACUUUUAUGAAGCGGCCAUAACCACCGCUUCAUUCGAACGAUCAGACCUCAGCACUUCUGCGAAGCAAAAGAUAGCCUUUAUCUUGCAUUCGUCAGGAUCGACGGGUUUGCCAAAGCCUAUUUAUCAAACCCACCAAGCUUGUCUCGAGAAUUUUGCAAAAGGUCACGCCCUACUCGCCCUGUUAACAGUACCACUUUACCAUACACACGGCCAUGCAUGCCUGUACCGAGCGAUCUUCAAACGAAGCACCAUUUAUUUCAUGAAUGCGCGGCUUCCGCUGACAUCGACAAACCUGAUUUCUGUGAUGGAAGCUGUCAGACCUGCAAUUAUAUUUACUGUCCCAUACGCCCUUGGCCUUCUCGCUGAGACAGAGCGUGGCAUACGAGCAAUGCAAUCGUGCGAGAUUGUCUCCUCGGCCGGAAGUCAAAUCCCAGAUGAACUGGGCAACAAACUCGUUGGUCGCGGGAUCCAUUUGAUAUCGCACUGGGGCUCGACCGAAACUGGAGCUCUCAUGGACUCUAUGCGUCCCAAGGAAGACAAGGACUGGUCAUACAUGUCGAUAUUUCCCUCGGCAAAACCAUUCGUACUGAUGAGACCGCUGGGAGCUCGAAGUUACGAACUAGUAGCACUCGAUGGACUUAAGUCGAAAACUGCUUCGAAUUCGGCCGAUCCGCCGAACUCAUUUUCUACCAGAGACAUGUUUGAAGCUCAUCCUACUAAGCCAAAUCGUUGGAAAUACACCGGGAGACUGGAUGACAGAGUGACCCUUACAAACGGUGAGAAGGUGCUACCUUCUGUCACGGAAGGCCGCUUCCGUCAACACCCACUCAUUCGUGAGGCCGUUGUGUUUGGAAUAGGACGAGCGUUGCCAGGUGUACUACUCUUUCGUAGUACACUUGCGGCUUCAAUGUCUGACGAGGAAUUUGUGGAAAAAUUGUGGCCUCUCAUUGAGGAAGCCAAUUCCAAGGUUGAAUCUUUUGCUUGCAUCUCAAAAGAAAUGAUCGUGCCACUCGGUGUAGAAGUCGACUACCCACAGACGGACAAAGGCACCAUUAUCCGUCCUCAAGUGUACAAUGUGUUCGAAAGUAUUAUUGACGACAAAUACCAACGUCUGAAUCAUGGUACCGAAGGAGCCUUGAGACUCAAUCAAAACGACACUGAAAGCUUGAUUUUGGAGAGCUUCAAGAAAGAAGGCCCAAUCGAUCUGCCUUCGGCUGAUACUGAUUUCUUCUCUGCAGGUAUUGACAGUCUUCAAGCCAUCAAGAUGGCAGCCUUUCUGAAGGGAAAGUUGUAUCUCCCAUCUCCAACGGCGUUGACACACAACACAAUCUUCGAACAGGCAACUGCAGCAAGAUUGGCCAGGCAUCUUGUCUGGCUCCAGAAUGGACAAGAACCCAAGGAGGAAGAUGAGAUAGAAAUGAUGAAGAGGAUGAUCGAGAAAUACUCGACAUUCUCAAAGUUUGUGCCAGUUGAGAAAGGCCAAAAUUCGAGAUGUUGUCUACUUACAGGGGCAACAGGCUCAUUGGGCAUUCAUAUCCUUACCGUGCUUCUUCAUAACUCGGGGAUAAACAAGGUGUAUUGCCUUGUGAGAUCUUCAACGGCUGAUGAUUCGAAGCAGCGAAUUUUCUCUAGUCUUUCGAGGAGAGGGUUGUUAUUACCAAACGAAUUUGAGCGACGUAUUGUUGCCGUACCCAGUGAUCUGGGCCGCGAAGACCUUGCCCUCGGGCAGCAGAUGCUCAACGAGAUGCGAAACAACGUGUCCCUAGUUAUACACAACGCGUGGGCUGUGAAUUUUAACCUUGGCCUGCGCAGCUUCGAGGACCAGCACAUCAAAGGCACGCACCACCUACUCAAUUUUGCCUUAUCUGUCCGAGCACUGCAACCUGCACGAUUCGUCUUUCUCUCGUCAGUAUCAGUAGCGUCAAAGUCAGAGAGAACGAAUGUUGUGGCAGAAGCUUUGCUAGAAGAUCUAAAUUCGGCCAGCAUGGGCUACGGGAGGUCGAAAAUGGUCGGAGAGCACAUGGUCAACAAGGCGGCUACCUUUGGCAUCGAUUGCCGUGUAAUCCGAAUCGGACAAAUCGUCGGUGAUAGUCAAAAUGGAUUCUGGAACGAUUCUGAGUCUGUACCUCUCAUCAUCCGCUCGGCACUGAAGUUGGGUUGUCUUCCACAAUUGAAAGAGAAUUGCUCAUGGAUUCCUGUUGAUUUUGUUGCGAGUAUCAUUGUUGAGUUGUGUUACAAAGAAACUUCCACUGAAGCAGAAGACUGGGGCCCCAACAGUCCGGCCUUGUCUUGCCGUUUCUACAAUGUUGUGAAUCCAGCCUCAUUCUCUUGGGUAGGCGACUUGCUUCCAUUACUGCGGGAGACGGGACUGUCCUUUGAGUCCGUCUCCCCGCAAGAAUGGCUGGCUCGAUUGGCAGCAAGCCAACAGGAUCCAAACGUCAACCCCGCGAUCAAAUUGAGGUCUAUCUACGAGAGUAAAUACGCAAUCAAGCAGAGAACAAGAGGAGACAAGCACGACACGGACAUAGCAGCUGGACAGGUCUCAAGCUCGACAGAUUACGAGGCCGGCAGGUUGGAGGAAGUAGGCAACCAGGUGGCAUUCGCCACGGAGAGAGCAUGGGACGAAAGCGAGACAAUGAGGAAUCUACCUGAUCUACUUGGCGAAGGGUUCGUGAACAAGUUUGUCACCAGCUGGUUAGAGCAAUGGCAAGGUUAA